CAAAACCAGCAAUCUGCUCAGAACAACAUUCUCUCUCUCUCUCUCUCUCUCUCUGCACUUUCAAAUUCUACUCGCAGAAAAGUUCUUCUGGCUUCGACCCUCCUCUGUUUCUCCCGGAAAGUCCACGGCUUUCACCACAAAUGACUCUCUUCUUCAACCUCCGCCGUCACACCCAUCUCUUUCUCUUCCUCGUUUCCACCGCCAUACCCUCCUGCGUCCCUCAGACCGCCGUGCCGUCGCCUUCGCCGCCUCCGGCAGACGAGUGCAACGGCGUGCUCCUGACCUACCUCCAUGCCGGGGGCUCCCAGCUCCCGCCCGCCCACCCGGGCCACCAGGCUUACCGGUUCGAGUCCGUCCUCACGGUGACGAACAACGGCCUCGACGAGCUCAAGUCGUGGAGGGCGUUCGUGGGUUUCCGGCACGAGGAGCUGCUGGUCUCCGCCUCCGGAGCCAUCCUGGCCGACGGGUCGACCCUGCCCGCGAGCGUCGGCAACGGCACAGUCCUGGCCGGCUUCCCGUCGACGGACCUGAAUACGGCGAUCCAGACGGCAGGGGACGUGACCCAGAUGCAGGCGAAGGUGAGGCUUGUGGGGACGCAGUUUGGCGUGAAGCCGCCCAGCGUGCCGAUGCCGGCGAACGUCUCGCUUGCUAAUGAUGGGUUCAUGUGUCCUGAGCCGACCCUGCAAGGGAAGAAUUUGAUGCUGGUUUGCUGCACUAAAGAUCCAAACUUCAGGACGAACAUCACCGUGGCGGACGAAUUCUUGCCCCAUCGGAGCGGCGAUCUCACGAUCAUGUACGACGUGAUCCGGACGUACGACUCGAACUACUGGGCGCAGGUCACGAUUUCGAAUUACAACCCCCUCGGCCGUCUUGAUAAUUGGAAAUUGAGCUGGGACUGGAUGAGGGAAGAGUUCAUCUACUCCAUGAGGGGGGCUUAUCCCUCAGUCGUGGACUCGAGCGGCUGUGUGUUCGGAUCGCAAGCUUCGCACUACACCGAUAUGGAUUUCUCCACCGUCUUGAAUUGUGACAGGAGGCCCACCAUCAUCGACCUGCCGCCGACGAAAGCUAAUGACACGAACCUCGGGUUGAUUCCUAAUUGCUGUCGGAAUGGCACGAUAUUGCCUCCGUCCAUGGAUCCGAGCAAGUCGAGUUCUGUGUUCCAAAUGCAGGUCUACAAGAUGCCGCCAGACCUCAACCGGUCGGAGCUCUUCCCACCUCAGAACUGGAGGAUCAACGGCACCCUUAAUCCUGAUUAUCUAUGCGGUCCACCCGUCCGAGUGAGCCCCAGCCAAUUCUUCAGCCCGAGCGGGUUAUCGUCGAAUACCACCGCCUUUGCUAGCUGGCAGGUGGUAUGCAACAUCACGCAGCGUUCGACUCCUCGGUGCUGCGUGUCCUUUUCUGCAUACUAUAACGAGUCUAUCGUGCCGUGCAGGACGUGUGCCUGUGGCUGCACGAGCAGCGCCGGCCAUACCUGUAGCACCGCCUCCCCGGCGAUCCUCCUCCCGUCCCAAGCGCUCCUUGUUCCGUUCAACAAUCGCACUGCCAUGAUGCUCGCUUGGGCCGAAAUAAAUCAUCUUCAGGUGCCGAACCCAAUGCCUUGCGGCGAUAACUGCGGAGUUAGCAUCAACUGGCACGUCAACACCGAUUACAGCCGUGGUUGGACCGCCAGGAUAACGAUCUUCAACUGGGGCAACACCGCAUUCGUCGAUUGGUUCACCGUGGUAGAAUUGGGCAAAGCGGCUGCUGGGUUCAAGGCGACGUACUCAUUCAAUGGGACUCUUAUGGACGACGUGAACAACUCAAUUUUCAUGAAGGGCCUUCCUGGAUUGAAUUACCUCAUGGGGGAAGUAGACGGAGCGGACCCCAGGAAAGAUCCCGAGGUCCCCGGGAAACAGCAGUCAGUGAUUUCGUUCACGAAGAAGAACAUCCGGGGGAUCGACGUGCCGAAGGGAGACGGAUUUCCCACGAGAGUACUCUUCAAUGGGGAAGAAUGCUCGCUUCCAACCAUGUACCCAACAGGCAAUAGCGCCAGCAUUGGUCCAUCUACUAUCCUUGCGAUCUUCCUAGCAGCAAUCUUUUCCACACCGAUACUGUGAUAGUUGCGCUAGGAAACACGGCUUUGUGUUUUCUUUCUUUCACCUCUUGUUGAUUCUUUUUGAUUGUUUUCCGGUGUAAAAGCGCCUGUUGUUCAUCUGAUGAACACAGAGAACUAUAUCAAACAAGGAACUG